GGGGAACGGCACCGUGUACACCGGCGACAACGUAAACAACGAGGACGGCUACAACGCCACCGUCCACCAUCACCAUCAUCAGAAGGUCGGCGGCAACAUGACCGAGGAGAAGGCGCCGCUGUUCCCGGAGGACCUGUUCACCGUGCAGGAACGCCGACGCGGCGCGGUGAUAUUGCACGUAAUCGGCGUUGUGUACAUGUUCGUCGCGCUGGCGAUCGUGUGCGACGAGUUCUUCGUCCCGUCGCUGGACGUGAUCAUCGAGAAACUGGAGAUCGCGGACGACGUGGCGGGCGCGACGUUCAUGGCGGCCGGCGGCUCGGCCCCGGAACUGUUCACGUCGAUAAUCGGCGUGUUCGUGUCGUUCGACGACGUCGGGAUCGGCACCAUCGUCGGCUCCGCCGUGUUCAAUAUCCUGUUCGUGAUCGGGAUGUGCGCGAUAUUCUCGCGUACCGUGCUGUCCCUCACAUGGUGGCCGUUGUUCCGCGACUGCACGUUUUACAGCGCCAGCCUGCUCACCCUGAUCUACUUCUUCCGCGAUAAUUAUAUACACUGGUACGAGGCGCUCGUGCUCUUCGGCUUCUAUUUGGCGUACGUGAGCUUCAUGAAGUGGAACCAGCCCAUGGAGAAGCUCGCCAAGAGAGUGAUUUACAGGAACAAGGUGACCAGGGUCAGGUCCACCGAUCAGCUGAUGCCCUCGCACCAGAGCGCCGCCCAGGCAUUGCAGCAUCCGAACGCGACGAACAGUAGCGAGACGAGCGUGGGUGGCGUUUCGGGUGCGUGCGGAAGCAGCGGCAUGCCGGCGGGCGGCGAGGCCGGGUGCAGCAGCAGAGGCGGGAGCAGCAGCGGUGCCGGCGGCACGGCCGGCCAGGGCUGCGAGCAGGGAGCCCACGGUGGCCCCUCGUCUCACUCCAAGGAGAGCCACGCCAAGUUCAGGCACGGCCUGCUACAGCUUAUGAUCCACACGAUCGAUCCGCUCCACGACGGCAAAGUGGACGAGAAAGCGACGCAACUGCACGCGAUAGCCUCGCUGAAGGUGCUGCUGGACGCGACCAGGCCGCACAACGGCGCGGCGACGUCGACCGCCGCCCAAUACUCCGGCGCCGCGUCCAGGGAGACCACUCUGCAGCUGCAGCAGGGCUCACAGGGCACCACUACGACCACCACCACGACGACAACCACCGCCGGCACCACCGCUGGCAUCCAGGAACUUCCCAACGGCGGCAUCGCCGCCGGCCUCGACGCCGGCCUCGAAUCGGGAGAGGAGGAUGAACCUCCAGAGGCCUUGGACAUGGGCUGGCCCAGCAGUCCCAAGAAGAGGCUAACGUACAUUCUGGUUGCGCCCAUUUUGUUCCCUCUGUGGCUCACGUUGCCCGACACGAGGACACCUAGGGGGAAGAAGCUGUUCGCGGUGACGUUCAUCGGGUCGAUCUUCUGGAUAGCCGCGUACUCGUACCUGAUGGUGUGGUGGGCGAACGUGGCCGGCGACACGGUCCGCAUACCGCCGGAAGUGAUGGGGCUGACGUUCCUCGCAGCCGGCACCAGCAUCCCCGACCUGAUCACCAGCGUGAUCGUCGCGCGGAAAGGAUUCGGCGACAUGGCGGUGUCGAGCUCCGUUGGUAGCAACAUAUUCGACGUGACCGUUGGGCUUCCGGUACCGUGGCUGCUGUACGGUCUGAUCUACGGUAAACCGGUGGAGGUGAACUCAGUGGGUAUGGUGUGCAGCAUAGCGAUCCUGUUCUGCAUGCUGUUGUUCGUGAUAAUGAGCAUCGCGUGCUUCAAGUGGCGGAUGAACAAGGGCCUCGGGUUCACCAUGUUCCUCCUCUACUUCGUCUUCGUCGCGGUCUCGCUGAUGUUCGAGUACGAGAUGCUGGUCUGCCCGGUCUAGGAGCGGGACGCCCUCGAACGGGCCGGAAGGAGGAACACCGGUGUCCGUCGUACGGUCGACCGGCGCGUCGACGCACACAUACGGGUCUCGUCAUCUCGUCAUCAUCAUCAUCGUCGUUGCUGUCAUCGGCGAUCGGCGACCGGACAGCGCGCGCGUCAGCUUCCUCGGCGCCGAAGGAGGAGCCACGUACGCAGCCUAUCUCGAGGACCAAAUUUCCCUCGAUGCCGUCGACGUGUCCCCAACCUU